GGGAGGGCAAGUGUUUCAAUAGACAUUCACGUGCUGAGAGGACAUCGUUGUGGCCAUUCGUCGUCGACUGCUUGGUUGGCAGACGACACCGUAGAUACUAUGUCUACGAUUCUUCACGGCAACCAACGCAGCGUUAGCCACAACAUGGCCCAGCAGCGCCGCAGCAUCAGCUACACCAGACGAAGCCUGAGAGACCACCACCACAACGACAACCUGUCGUCGAGUCCUGGGUCGCCGUUCAAAGCCUUCUUUGCAUCGCAAGAGUUCUCCGCAGACGAUUAUCCGUCCCCUGACCCGCAACUCGCACCGCCCAACCAUGACGACCCACCGCCGCCACGUGGUCCACGGCUCACGCACUCGUCAACCAACAGCUGGCCGUACCCGUGGGAGGCUCCGCCGGUGCUGCCUCACGAAGCAGAGCGACUGAACGUCCUCGACAGCUACGAAGUGCUGGACACGACACCUGAGCACGUGUUCGACAUGCUCUGCGCCAUGGUGGUGAAAGCUCUCAAAGUUCCCAUCGGCGGCAUUUCCUUCCUCGACAAGUCGCGCCAGUGGUGCAAGAGCAGCAUCGGACUCAAGCAGACCGUCAUCCCACGCAACGUGGCGUUCUGCGCGCACACGAUCGCGUCGCCGUCGCCGCUGGUCGUGCUGGACGCAUCCCUUGACAAGAGGUUUUACAUGAAUCCGCUCGUGACGGGUCCGGCCAACUUGCAGUUUUACGCCGGCGCCCCGCUCGUAAACCCCGCUGGGUUCGUCCUGGGCACCGUGUUUGUGUAUGGCCACAAUGCGGAAGAGGCUGUGGACGUGGCGAUUCUCGUCAAGAUUGCCAAAAUGGCCAUGAACCACCUCGAAGACCGCCGACGGGCAGCCGUGAGCGAAGUGCGGGGGGCCCCGCCCCCCCAUCGGCACCUCCGCCAGCCAUCCUCCAUCCACCAGUACCAACCGUUCAACCACCACACGGUCCACCACGAGUCGGGCGUCCCCCCGCCGCCCCACGCCCUCCCCUUGAACCCCCGCCAAGAAGCCCUGCGCACCCUGGACAUUCUCGACAUGCCGUCCGAGCUCGUGUUCGAUCGGAUCAGCGGGCUCGCGUCCACGUUGAUGCAGUGCCCCAUCGCCGGCGUGUCACUUCUGGACGAGGACAAGCAGUGGUUCAAGGCUUCGCAUCUGGGCGACGACGACACCGUCGACUUGGCCGACGUCGCCGAGUUCUGCGUGCAUGUCGUGGCGUCCACGCGGCCGCUGGUUGUGCUCAACGCGGCAGACGACGCCCGCUUCCGCAAGCACCCGCUCGUGAAACGGCGGACCAACCCCGUCCGGUUCGUGGCGGCGGUGCCCGUCGUCACCGCGGACGGACAUGUCAUUGGUACUGUGUUUGUGAUGGACACGGUGGUGCGCCAAGCCGGACACGUUGACCUGCGCUCCCUCCAGCGACUCGCCAAGGUCGCCAUGUUGCACUUGAGUCAGCGGAUAACGUACGCCGUGACGCCCAUCGUGGACUACAGCUCGUUCCUGGACGAACGGGCGCACGUGUACGAUCCGAAUGACGUGGCAGCACUACAAUCCAGCGCCACGGCAGGCAGCCGCAAGCAGCCGGGGGGGUUCCAGCGCCUGCGGACGCGGUUCCUGUCGCGGUUCUUUGGCCGGCAGUAGCAUACCUGACCGAGAAAUAGAUAGAGAAGAACAACAUAUUUAGAUUAUUUUGCCUAUUAAUUAUUGUAGAUUCGGGACGAAUUUAUUUCCGGACCCGCGCAAUCGAAUCUUACUGAAC